UUCAAUGCUCAGACACUCAUUUCGUCCGCAAGCAUCGUAGGUCCAGCAUCAUUAAAUGCCGACUUGCGACUCGUACUUGAUACAACGAUAAAACUAGUCAGAAUCAAAAUCUCGAGCUCACGCGAUUUUCGUGGAGUGCAUCUUGCUGAAUCGUCGAUGUAGGCUCGAAUCCCGGGUAUUCGCCUGUCAAACUAUUGUCCAUGUUGUCACAUUUGUGCCAUAUUCAACACAUAUUUGGAGUUGGCGCGUAUAUUUGCCAGCAAGCUACGUCGCUCGAUAAUUUCCGUAAAGACGACACGCAGAAAGCAAACGUGCGCUAUGAUACAUUGCUGAAGACACCGAGAUGUUGGCGAUCGGUCCUAUUUACGAGCGAGCGCAAAACCCAGCCCCGCCGACGAGCAGCAGAUCAGCGCAGAUUCAACAGGAAGACUUCGCCCAGACUUACCGAUCCGUAACAAUUACACCAGCUUGAUAGUCGACCGAGUAUCCUGUCGAACGCGAGAGCUCGAUAUCUGAUUUUGUUAACCAAGGCAGCUUCACCCACACGCGCCGACAUCGUAGAAUGGUAGAAGGUGAACCCGACACAAAGCGCAGUAUUAAGUGUGAUGUAAAAGACGAGCGCCUAAACGGUUGCGGUUCCAAGGACCUCGAACUUGCCCGUAUCGGAUUAAAAGGCAAGACUCUCGAUCCAGAGAAGGGAUCCUAUGUUCAAGCUGAUUUCGAGAAAGCCAUCGAAUUAAGCGAAUAUGGCAAGUUUCAUUACUUCCUGCUCGCGGUAUGCGGCUUCGUCAGCACGAGCGAGGAGAUGGACGUGAUUUCCAUGUCCUUCAUCCUGCCGAGUGCACAAUGUGAUCUGAAGCUCAACACCCAAGCGAAGGGAUGGCUCAACUCGAUUAUUUUCAUCGGGAUGAUGGCCGGGGCGUACGCAUGGGGUUCCGUAGCGGACGCUCUCGGUCGUCGGAAAGUCCUGGUCGCCAUCUCAUUCAUGAACGCCCUGUGCAUCGUCGCUUCUAGUUUCAGCCAAACGUACGAACUCUUCAUGUUGUUCCGUUUCCUGAACGGUGCGGCGCUGGGAGGAAGCGGACCGGUCAUCUGGUCGUACUUUGCUGAAUUUCAGCCAAAGUCCAAACGCGGCUCCAUGCUGUCUUUCAUGGCGGCAUUCUGGACGUUGGGAAAUCUUUUCGUGGCCGGUUUGGCGUGGUUGAUCAUUCCUAGAGAGAUGGGUUUCACGAGUCCAACGUUCACCUACAAUUCUUGGCGAAUCUUCCUGUUGAUCUGCGCUGUUCCGUCGUUCGUCGUGACGGGGCUGCUUUUGUUACUUCCCGAAUCUCCCAAGUAUCUCUUGUCCUCCGGAAAGUAUGAGGAGGCGCUCGAGAUUUUUCGCAAAAUAUAUGCCAUUAAUACCGGCAAACCACAGGAUACCUACAUGGUAAGAGAACUGAUUCUUGAUGACUUUCAAGAAUCGAAUCCGGUGAAAGACGAAAUCGAGGAAAAGAGCAAGUGCAAAACUAUGCUGAGUGACAUUGUGGAGAAUAGCAGACAGCUAUUUGUAACGCCUAUUCUUCGCUUCACGAUAAUAUCGAUCGUUAUUAAUUUCACUUUUCAUAUCGGUUAUUACGGUCUCAUGAUGUGGUUCCCGGAACUGUUCAAUCGUUUCGACGAAUUUCAUCGUGAUCAACCGGGCGUAGUAGCUUCGAUAUGCCAGGUCACCGACUAUGUCGUUAAUAAGGGUUCACAUAGCAUCGAGAACGUUUGCUCCGAUAAAAUCGGAACGUCCGUCUUUAUGGAAUCCCUUAUCACGGUGGCAUCCGCUAUACCUGCCAAUAUCAUCGCUGUCCUGGGGAUGGAUCGCCUUGGACGUAAAUUUUUUCUAGUGUUUAGUACAUUCUCAUCGGGACUUUGCUCGAUCGGUUUAUAUUUCGUAUACGACAAGUAUCAGAAUUUGAUCGUAUCAGCAAUCUUUAGCGGAGCAAUAAGUUGCGGUAAUGCGGCUCUGGAUUGUCUCAUUACUGAGGUAUUCCCUACGCAACUGCGUGCAACCGGAAUCGCCAUAUCAAUGGUCGCCGCUCGCCUUGGCGGGAUAAUUGGUAAUAUUGUUAUAGCCCAACUCUUGGACAUGUAUUGUCCGGCACCGACUUUUAUAGUGGCUGCUCUCCUGAUUGGAGGAGGCUUACUGUGUUUAUUCUUACCAAACACAACACGCGAACCACUUUCCUGACCCUAGUAGAAGUAUAUCCAUCAGUCUACAAUCAUUUAUUUCUUUCGAGUACAAAAGCGUCGCAUUGAAUUUUAAAGGAUCUUGACGAUUAAAUUAUAGUAUUAUAUAAAAUAAAAAUAUCGCGAAAAUAUUCUCAUUUUUUGAAGUGUUGAAAAUCUCAGAAUCUCUAUUGUUUGUAAUUACUCUUAUUAGAUAAAAAAAUUUUUUUAAGCGGAACAAUAGCAGUGAAAUAGUAAAAUAUGAGCGUAGCAUCUAAGAUGCUAAUCAGUAUAAGAAAGAUGUAACAGAAUUAGAUUUUAGUAGAAUUUUAUA